UGUCUCAAAAGCUCUCGAUCUUGCGCAAAGCACUUUUCUUCGCGGCGUAAAUCGAAUCCUAAUGAACAUAAGGAGAUCGGAGCCCAUCAGUGUGACGCGUAAUGAGAGAUCGAGGCCCAAAGCGCAUCACUUGGAUGAGCUGCCUUGCCUGGGGAACAGUGAGACCUUUCCGAGUUUCGGUCCCAGUUUAGGGUCUCCCAGCCCCCCAGACACCCCCCGUUCCCCGCACUGCAUCUCCCGCAUCGGGGAGUACGUGUUGUUGGAGGUGCUGGAGGGCGAUCACGUGUUCCGGGCGGCCCACGUGCACAGCGGAGAAGAGUUCACGUGCAAGGUGUUUGAUGUGAUUCGAUAUCGGGAGUCGUUGGCGGCCUACUUCUGCCUUUCUGCGCACAAGAACCUGAAUCAGAUAGUAGACAUUGUUCUCGGGGACACCUUGGCCUAUGUGUUCUUCGAGAGGAGCCGCGGAGACAUGCAUUCCUUCAUGCGGACUUGCAAGAGGCUGCAGGAAGACGAAGCCGCCAGACUGUUCUACCAGAUAGCAUCUGCCGUCGCUCACUGCCACGACGGUGGACUGGUGCUGAGAGACCUCAAGCUGAGAAAAUUUGUCUUUACGAAUCAGGACAGGAGUCUUAUUAAGCUGGACGGCUUGGAGGAUGCGCGUGUGCUGGAGGGAGACGACGACUCCCUGUCGGACAAGCACGGCUGCCCGGCUUACGUAAGCCCCGAGAUCCUCGACGCGAGCGGCUCGUACUCCGGCAAGGCGGCCGACGUGUGGAGCCUGGGGGUCAUGCUGUACACGAUCCUGGUGGGCCGCUACCCGUUUCAUGACCCGGAGCCCGGUUCGCUCUUCGCCAAGAUACGCCGGGGGCGCUUCAGCCUCCCGGAGACCCUCACCCCCAGGGCCAAGUGCCUGAUACGCAGCAUCCUCCGGCUCGAGCCCGCGGAGCGCCUUACCUCCCGAGAAAUCCUGGACCACCCGUGGUUCUCCUCCAGCGUCCCCGCUCCGGCUCCAGGGUGCGGCGCUGCCGAGGAGGAGCCGUCGUCGUCGGAUCAGCUCGUGCCCCACGUGGAUAUGGAGGAAGAGAAGUUCUUCGGAUGAGCGCCGAAGUCACGACGGGCUUCGCUCGGGGAACAAAGCGGCAAGGAGUCACGCGGCAGGAAAUCUGUUCUUGCCGGAUGUCUCAGGCGAGGUUGAUCUUUACUUGGUUAGAAAAAAAAAAGUGAAGCACAAUUAUUUAUUUAUUUUUCUUUUUGUACAGCGCCAAGGAUAAUAAAAAUGAGCUGCUCACAUCAGUCUUAACUGGGUAUUUGUUAAAGCCCCUUCGCAAGAUAGUAGGUAUCACCAUAAGUAAUUUUUUUUUUUUUCCAUCUGUACAUUAGCCAUUACAAUUUAUUCAGGCUUUUUCCCCCUUUGAAAUAUGUACUCUUUGAUUAAUAAAAGAAGGUGCGAGCGUAACGUUCUGUAAGCCGUCAUUUGUUGGCAUUACAGAUGACAUAAUGUCCUCUACGUUUCUAAGGAAUGCAAAACCAUCUUUUAAAAAGCUUUAAAUUAUCUGGCUGCUCCUUGCGACUGCCACCGAAACCGAGGGACUAAAACAUUCAUGCUGUGCUCCGAUUCUUUUUUUUUGUUGCCGUUAUUUAUUAACGUAUUUCAUGCGGGGUUCAAAAAUGACAUGCACUUAUUUGAAACGGUGGCGUAAUAAUGUGCUUUCCCAACACAUCACUUAAAUCUGUAUAAUUUUUGCAUGUUUCUUUCAACCCAGUGCUGAUAUUUUAUUUAAAUGUAAGUU